UUGAAAUCUUCAGCAGUUGCAAAAACCAAGUGAUCGAUUGAAGACCGACCAAGAAACAGAUUGACAACAAACAAAAUAUGAAAUUGAUGAUCAUUUUCUUUGCGGUCUUUGCCAUGACGCUUGCCAAGCCACAGUGGGGAUUUGGAGGCUAUGGCGGUGGAUUUGGUCAGCAGCAACAGCAGCAGGAAAUGGGAGGUGGAUAUGGCGGAGGUUUUGACCAAAUGCAACAACAGCAGCAAGAAUUUAGUGGUGGCUACGGCGGUGGCUUUGGUGGUCAACAACAGCAGCAGCAGGAAGGAUUUGGCGGUGGAUUUGGCGGUGGCUUUGGCGGCGGUUAUGGAUGGUAGAGCAUCCAUUCCAUUAUUAAAAUGUACAUUUUCAAAAACCUCUGCCUUAGCUGAUUAAAUCUUAAACAAUUGCAAUCUAGAAUAAAAGAAAAUUUCUAAAUUAAUUAAACGUAGUUUCGUUGUACAAAUAA